AAUGCUGUGCAGAAUCAUAAGAUGGAGAUUUGUGUAGAUAGUAUUCAAUCAGUAGUUAAUGCAUGUGAUGGUGGGGCGAGUAGACUGGAGCUGUGCUCGGCUCUUUCCCUAGGGGGACUAACACCGUCCAUGUCACUGUUUAAACUCACUAAGAGAAAGUACCCAAACAUGCCUGUCUUUGUAAUGAUCAGACCACGAGAAGGCAAUUUCAUGUAUUCAGAUCUGGAACUGGAAGAAAUGCUCCUGUCAAUUGAAGAGUUUCAUUCUUCAGGAGCUGAUGGAUUUGUUUUUGGGUGCGUCAAACAUUUACCUAACAACGAGGCUUGCUCGAGUGAAGUUAUUGUAGACGAAGAAGCCACUUCUAAGUUGAUUGCGGAGUGCAAAGGGAAGCCAGUCACGUUUCACAGAGCCUUCGAUUUAUGCAGCGACUGUGAGGAGGCGUUAAAUACGUGCGCGACUUUAGGCAUUUGGAGAAUCUUGACCAGUGGAGGAGAGAAAACUGCACUUGAAGGAGCUGAAAAGUUAGCGCGUCUAACCAAGGUGGCAUCGUCAUCAUCGGUCAAGAUACUUCCGGGCUGUGGACUCAACUCCUCCAAUAUCUCUCGAUUUCUCCAUAAAUCAAAAUCCGAAUUCGACAUAGUUUUCUCCGAGUUGCACGCAUCUUGUAGAAAACUGAACACGAAAAUUCAGACCAAAAACGCAAAUGUUGAUUUCGAUUUAGAGCAUAAAACUGCAGACUUGAUUCAAGUGAAAAUUUGUGCGGAUGUUUUGUCAAAAUUUCAAUCAGUUAAUUGAGGAGUUUAAAUUAAAAAGCGAAUUUUUUUGAGUGCAAAAAGAUGGAUCCAACUAUCG